AUGAAAUGCACAUUAUGUCAAAAUAUCACUGAUUCAUUUGCUAUUGGAGAAUGUGACCAUAGCUUUAUUUGUUGUUUUUGUUCAUUUAAAAGACGUUUUUUUGAUAAAGACAUGGCUUGUCCACUAUGUAAUAAACAAAAUACAAUUGUCUUCUUUGAUACUAAUUUUAUUCCUUACUCACAACUUAUAAUAAAUACACCAAUUUAUUCAUUUCAAGAAUUAGGAAUUCGUACAAAUAAUAGAGAAAUUUCAGAUACACUUACUUCUUGGAUUUCAAAUAAAUGUCCAGUUUGUAAACAAGUUUUCAUUAAUACAGAAAAUUUUAAAAAACAUUUAGAAAUUAAUCAAAACAACAAUUGUUUUUAUUCUAGUAACAAUGGACUUUAUUCAUUUAUUAUUCCAAAAAACCUUUUUCAAAGUCAAAUAGAGCCCCAACUCAAACGAAGUCACUCUAAUCAAAUAACAAGAAAAAGUUUAUCUUUUGAAAUUGAAACAGAUAAAAAUAAAGAAAAAAAACCUAAAAAAAUUCAUGAUACUUUUAAUGAGUUACAAACCAAAAAAUUAUCUCUUAAUACUAAUUUAUUAGACUCUUCACAAAAAGAAUUCUCCAAUAAUUGUUUAGAUGAACAAAACUAUAUUAAAGAGCAUUUUAAAGAUAUUUAUUUUACUCUUAGUUCAUGUUUUGAAUUAUAUAGACAAAAGAAAAUAGAUGGAAGAGCUUUAAUUCUAAUAACAUUAAGUUUAAUGAAAAAAUGUCUUCAUUCAAAAGAAUUAGUACAACUAGAACAAUUUAUGAAUUUCCCUACACAAAAGAAUAAACUCUUAAACUCUGUUUUAAUAGAAUUUUGUAAUAAAGAUGAAAUGACAGAACUCCAAAGUAUUUUAGACAAUGAAAAAAAGCUGAUUAAAAUAAUUAAGCAAAGGUCAUUAAAAAUUAAUGAAGUUGUUCAGAGUAAAUUAAAUUCUAUUUGA